AUGUGUUGGUUUUUAGAUAAUCAAGCAGGAACGGAUGGUGUAGCUCCGGUAGCAUCGACGUCCUAUAAGCCAAAUUAUUAUCAAAACAAAGGAGUCAAAUACACCCCGAAGGCGGUUGUUAGAGAUGAGAAUCCUACCACUCUUGAGACCAAAACAAUUCCAACAGAGUGCCAACCUUCCGGAACGGGAGAUGUUGGGUUGAGUGAUCUAGAAGAAGAAGGAGAUGAAGAGUCAAGCGAUUCAGCAGGGGAAGUAUCGGAGGAGGAGAAUGAGAGAGAAAGGAAGAAAAUCCCCUUGCCUUUGAACCAAAGAAAGAUCUUCACGAUACCAGUUACCAAUACGUGGCCAGCACCAGUUUCAUGCGUGCCAUGGGUCCGCUGCGUUGCCAAGCGGUGCAGUGCAGAACCCGUUGCACACAUCGGUGCUCAGGCGCUGCACACCGUCGCGCUGCAUUGCGCUGCACGCACUAAUGCCGUUCCCGCUACUCCGCGUCGAUCCAGCCGACCACCGGUUGUCCGUAGAGACACCAACAUGUGUGCCCCAUUGCCUGAUAGCCGCCGUGCACUGCCGACUCGGAACCCUAUCUGUACACCCAAAAGCAACACGACUUCAGUUGUAUCAAGUCCAUCGACUGUGCGUGCUUCCAAGACUAACAAACGUAAGCGACUUGGACCAGAAGCUGAAAAAGGACAACAAGAACCAUCCUCUGAUGCAACAAUAUCCAAGGAGAUGGAAGUCAAUCUUGCUCAGGACUCUGAUAACGAAGUCAGCCAAGAAGACCGCGCAAAAAAACUCAAGGCUACUAUGACUGAUGAGGACCAAGUUGAACUACUGGCCUAUUAUGAUAAGCCAUUGCAUGGAAAAGAAGAUGUAAUCACUGGUACUCUCCCAACCAUCGAUGAGGAGUGUGAAGACGAAGUGGCGAUAGUGAUUGAUGAUACUGAAUCAGUCGAUUCUGAAAUACUAACUUUGGCUCCAUCGAAUGCGGUUGAAGAUCAUGACGAAGAAGAAAUACCUGAGGAAGCCGCCGAAAUCGAAUAUGACGCGGAUGCUGAGGAUGCACUAGAUUUAGAAGAUGCCAAGCUUGACCGGUUAGAAGAUGAGGAGUUAAAGGGAGCGGCUCUCGACGUUGUGCUAGUGGUAAACCUCGCGGAUAUUUUCAUGAAAUAUAUUUCUCGCCAAGCGACUGGGACGCUAUUGAGGAAGUCAACUCUGAGCUCAAGAAAAGCAAAGCUCGAGGCCGAGAAGUUACAAGCUCAAUCAAUCGAUAUUUCUACAUCAGAGCCUGACAGUACGGGCUUAGAUAGCGCACCAUCGGUCCCAGGUAGUUGA